AUGCAGAACCUCUCAGAGAGUUUACUCAAAGCAGUAAGAAAAGCAGCUGAGAUCACUGAAUCAGAAUUGAAGCUCUUAUUCACUAUGAAGAGCUUCACUGACGCAAUCACCAUCAUCAAUAAGAAUAGAGAAAACCAGAUCUUAGGCCUGCAGCAGGAGAUUGAACAUUUACACAGACAGAUAACUAUGCUGAACCUGGAGAUCUCAUCACAAUUGUUCACAACCUCUUCAGAAGUGUACACAUCAUCAGAGACUGCUGUGCAGGAUGAGAAUCUGAGCAUGAAAUAUAUCAAGCUGAGAGAUCUGCUGAAGUUAUCAAGCUUCAAUAACAACUGA